AUGUUCAAAUCAUUCGGCAAGAUCAUUGGUGGCUCUUCCCGAAAGGGCAAAUCCAAGGUCCAAGACGGAGAGGACGCUGCCGAGGCUUCCAACGGUCUCUCUGGCUCCGACUCUUCCAACCUCCUUCGCGCCAAGAGCAAAGACUCGCUCGCGGUCAACGACAACGGUGCAGGCAACGGCAUCAACAGCGGCUCAUCCGCUCCUGCCAAGAUCGAGAAGCGUGGCGGUGUCAGCAGACACGAGUCUCCCCUGCCAUCGCCAUCACCCUCUGCACGCAACGUGUUAGAAGGUGCCGAAGAAGGAAGCGAAGUUGGUAGCCCAGCUGCCGCAAGAUCCGCAGCUGGGCGAAGCGAUCUCGAUGCUGCUGGAUCUUUGUCGGUCAACGAUGCUGCAGCAAGCGCUUCUGCUCCCACAGCAGCCACCAUUCUCUCUAAUCCACUUGCACAGAGCGGUUCCGGCUUCCCAGCUUCCCUCGGUAAAGGCUCGCAAGCCGCAGGUGGCAGCACAGACCAAGUUCGCACAUUCGACAUUGACGACAUGAUCUCGCGUCUCCUCGAAGCAGGUUACUCUGGCAAGAUCCCCAAACCAGCACUCAAGAACGCAGAAAUCACAGCCGUUUGCCAAGCAGCACGCGAAAUUUUCCUCUCUCAACCCACACUCAUCGAACUCAGCCCACCGGUCAAGAUCGUAGGCGACACCCACGGACAGUACCACGAUCUUCUGCGUUUGUUCGAGAUGUGCGGAUUCCCUCCCUCGGCCAACUACCUCUUUUUGGGCGACUACGUUGAUCGAGGCAAGCAAUCGCUCGAAACCAUCUUGUUGUUGUUGUGCUACAAGAUCAAGUAUCCCGAAAACUUUUUCCUUCUUCGUGGCAACCACGAAUGUGCCAACGUCACCCGUGUCUAUGGCUUUUACGACGAAUGCAAACGACGUGUCAACAUCAAGAUCUGGAAAACUUUCAUCGACGUUUUCAACACACUACCCAUCGCUGCCGUUGUAGCUUCCAAAAUCUUUUGCGUUCAUGGCGGUCUUUCACCUUCGCUUUCCAACAUGGACGAUAUUCGUCGGAUUGAAAGACCUACCGAUGUUCCCGACUACGGCUUGCUUAAUGAUCUGCUCUGGUCCGAUCCAUCAGAUACUGCAUUGGAUUGGGAGGAUAACGAACGAGGUGUUUCCUAUUGUUUCGGUAAAGCGGUUAUCCAGCAAUUCCUGGCCCAGUACGACUUUGAUCUCAUCUGCAGAGCACAUAUGGUGGUGGAAGAUGGCUAUGAGUUCUGGAACGAAAGGACUUUGGUUACGAUUUUCAGCGCUCCUAACUAUUGUGGCGAAUUUGAUAACUUUGGUGCGGUAAUGUCGGUAUCCGAGGAUCUGUUGUGUGCGUUUGAACUACUGAAACCCUUGGAUGGAGCAGCGUUGAAGAAGGAAAUGGCGAAGAAUAAGAGAAGGAGUCUCUUGCAACAUCAAUCCCCUCCCGCGAGGAAUGGUCAACAGUCCUAUUAG